UUCCUUUUGGAGCACGCAUCUGCCAAAAUGUCGAAUGGGACAGAGGCUGGCAACUCGUCCAGUGAUGCCACGCUGACACAGGAAAAAACAAACUUGUCCUAUACCUACAACAACAGGCGGGGAUGGCGACGUUGGCGAAUCCUCCAUCCCGGUAGAGGGAUGUACCAUGAUGUCAAGCGCAGACUGCCUUACUAUUGGAGCGAUAUUGUCGAUGCCUUUACCUAUCGGACUGUUGCUAGUACGAUCCGCAUGUACUUUGUCAAUCUUCUUCCAGCCAUUGCAUAUACCCUCGACAUGUACCGCCGAACAGGACAAUUCUUCGGCAUCAAUGAGGCACUAUUCUCUUCCGCCAUGGCUGCCAUGGUCUUCAGUUUGUUUAGUGCCCAGCCACUGACCAUUGUUGGCGUGACGGGUCUCAUCGCCCUGUUCAACUUCACCAUAUAUGAUAUCAUUAGCACAUACGACGUUUCCAUCUACCCUCAGUUCAUGGCAUGGACAGGUAUAUGGGCGGCCAUUUUUCACUGGCUCGCCGCCAUCUUCAACACAUGCGACUAUAUGCGGUAUGUGACGGAUUUCUCGAGCGAGUCAUUCGUUAAAGGAGUCGAGGAACUUGUCAAUGAGUUCAAUCAAGGGGGACCCGCAGCAGGAUACUUAGCCUGUAUCAUCGCCAUACUCUACUUUGCAACCGUCUAUGCUCUCGAGAAGUUGGGGUCUAGUACAGUAUGGAAAGCGGGAGUCCGCUCAAUUCUGGCUGAUUAUGCCUACGCAUUUGGAACACUGUUCUGGGUAGGCUUCUCCCAUUUUCCUGGUACACUCAACUCAACACAAGUUCAGCGAGUGCCUGUUACAAGAGCCUUUUAUCCUACUCAGCAAAGGAGCUGGCUUAUCGACUUCUGGAAUUUGGAUGUUAGAUGGAUAUUUGUUGCUAUGCCAUUUGGGUUCUUAACUAUGCUUUUAUUUUAUUAUGAUCAUUAUCCCCUGAAGAAGCCUGGCGGCUUCCAUUGGGACUUCUUCCUUCUCGGUUGCACAACGUUCAUUUCAGGCAUCCUCGGAUUGCCUAUGCCCAACGGCCUUGUACCUCAGGCACCUGUUCACACAGACUCGUUGACGGUUUACGAGACCGAUCUGGAGAUCAUCUCGACAACAGCGCGUAUCGCACUUCCUGAUGGGCUUGGGAUUGAUUGGAACUAUGACGGGCCUCUCUUGGUGAUUCUCCACGUCAUGCCAGCGGCGGUAUUUGCUGGCGUGUUUUUCAUUGUCGGGUGGGGUUCUAUUGAAUCCAAUGGUAUCCUUCAGAAGUUGAUCUACCUCCAAUCCGAAAGACGAUUCAUACAGCGCGAUGAUCCCAUGCUACGCGUUCGAAGGCGCAAGAUCAUUCUCUUUAUUGGGCUGCAAUUGGUUGGUGUCGCGGCAUGUGUGGCCGUCUCUCAUACGCUCGCAGCCAUUGGCUUUCCCAUUCUGAUCAUCCUUUUGAUUCCUCUGCGCAUCCUACUUGUGCCUCGAUGGUUCACGCUCCGGGAGCUUCAGAUUUUGGAUGACUUCACGGCGACCAACAAAAUGGUUCUGGCAAGUCUAGGUGGUAAACCUGUGCUACCAGAGCAUUCGAAAGAGGAAGAUUGGGGACUUGAGAGGCGACGGAGUGAGGCUCGACAUGGUGUACCUCGCCAACGGGCGGGAAGCAUCCAUCGAUAA